AUGACUUUGAAUGAAGCCCUCUUUUACAUGAGGUUCCUACUCCUGCUAAACUGGCUUGGGGUGAUUCUGUCCUUUUCUGGACACACCCAGGCGGAGCAGCCCCCAAAUCACAACCUCCCAGAGGUGGUCAUUCCUUUCAAAGUAACUGGCAGUACCAGAGGCAAAAAGUCUCUAGGCAGGCUCUCCUAUAGCCUGCGCUUUGGGGGCCAAAGAUACAUUGUCCACAUGAAGGUUAAGAAGUUUUUGCUGUCCAAACACCUCUCAGUGUUCACCUAUACAGACCAGGGUGCUCUCUUAGAGGACCAGCCUUUUGUGCACAAGGACUGCUAUUAUCACGGUUUUGUGGAGGGGGAUCCAGAAUCCCUGGUUGCUCUCAGUACCUGCUUUGGAGGCUUUAAAGGAAUGUUAUACAUAAACAACAUGGCUUAUGAAAUUAUGCCCAUAGCAUUUUCUACCACAUUUGAACAUCUGGUAUAUAAGAUGGAAAGUGAGGAAACACAAUCCCGUACAAUGAGAUCUGGCAUUAUACCAGAUGAAAUAAUAGGUCAAGAUAUUGAUCAUUCCACUCUGGAGCAAAGUGCUUAUGUGGGCUGGUGGGUCCACUUUAGGAUAGUUGAAAUUGUAUUGGUGAUCGAUAAUUCUCUAUACACUCAUUAUGAAAGGAAUGACUCAAAGUUGCUGGAUGAUCUAUAUGUUGUUUCCAAUGUAGCAGAUUCCAUUUAUGAUGUAUUUGGCAUUAAGUUGAUGCUGUUUUCCAUGGAGAUCUGGAGUAACGAGAAUAUGAUUGAAGUUGAUGAUGUAAGAAAUUCCGUUAACACUUUUUGUAAUUGGAAACAUCUAAAUAUAUAUUACCGGAAAAAACACGAUUUUGCAAUGCUUUUCAUAAACAAAAAUUUAAGAGGAUUAAGUGGUCUAGGUUUAGUUGGAGGAAUAUGUGUACCAUAUAAGAGUUGUGGAGUUGUUACUUUCUUUGAAAGAAGCUUGUCACAUUGUGCAAUUGCAAUGGCUCACCACAUAGGUCACAGUUUCGGCAUGACCCAUGAUAAUUAUGCAACAUGUGUAUGUGGGAAGCCUAAAUGUAUAAUGCAUUUUGAUAACCCACCAACACCUAAAUUUAGCAAUUGCAGUUAUACUCAAUUUUGGUAUUACACUGCAGAAAGGACAACGUGCUUGCUGGAACAUGAAUAUACAACAGAUAUCUUUAACUGGACACGUUGUGGGAAUGGUGCUAUUGAAGAACAAGAGCAAUGUGACUGUGGAACUUUACAGCGUUGUGCAAAGGAUCCCUGUUGCAUGCCAAAUUGUACUUUAACUCAAGGGUCUAGUUGUGCUUCUGGACUUUGUUGCAAAAACUGCCAGUUCUUACCAUUAGGGUCUGUGUGUCGAAAGGAGACCAAUCUAUGUGAUCUUCCAGAGUGGUGUAAUGGAACGUCUCAUAAGUGCCCAGAUGAUGUGUAUGUGGAAGAUGGAAUUCCCUGUAAUGUCACAUCGUAUUGCUAUGAAAAAAGAUGUAGUGACCGCACUUUACAGUGUAAGAGUAUUUUUGGAGAGGAGGCAAAAAAUGCAAAUCUGACAUGUUACAAAGAAGUGAACAUCAAAGGAAACCGUUUUGGACACUGUGGUAUCAAGGGUGUUACAUAUAAAAAAUGCAAUACUUCAGAUGUUUUGUGUGGAAGAAUUCAGUGUGAGAAUGUGCCAGAAAUUCCACAGUUGAGUGAUCAUACUACUGUGCAUUGGACUCACUUCAAUGAAGUAACCUGCUGGAGUACUGACUAUCAUUAUGGAAUGAAUACACCUGAUAUCGGUGAAGUGAAGGAUGGCACAGAGUGUGGUCCAGAGCAUCUCUGUGUCCACAGGCAGUGUGUCCACAUAUCCAUCCUGGAUAGUAAUUGCUCACCUGCAUUCUGUAAUGAGAGGGGCAUCUGCAACAAUAAACAUCACUGCCAUUGCAACUAUUUGUGGGAUCCACCCAACUGCCUGAUAAAAGGAUAUGGAGGUAGUAUUGACAGUGGUCCACCCCCAAGAAGAAAGAAAGAGAAGAAGUUUUGUUAUCUGUGCUUAAUUUUGGUUGUUCUUUUGAUUAUUUUCUUAUGUUGCCUUUGUUGUCUUUGUAUGAAAAGGAACAAAGGAAAAAAAGGAAAGAAAAAACCUGAGAGUGCCCCUGUAACACCAAAAGCAUCAGUAAAAACUCCAACUGGAAGCAUAAAGCCUUAGCAUUAAAAAGAUUAAUUCCUAGUGUGAUUCUA